AUGGCACCGAAGGCAAAGGCGAGGAGGCCAAAAGCAGACUCAGCCGCCGCAACACCCAGCGACCAGGCGCGCAAAGGAAAUUCUACAUCCCUCAAUUGGCCGAGCAUGGAGCCCGUGAUGGUCGCGGGCGACUUGGCUCUUGAUACUCUGCUGGCGGACCAGAUAUUGACCGUCAAGCUCUGGACAGUCGCCCUAUGCAAAUCAUACAGGACAUUUUUAGCGACGCUGCCUCUGGUAACAACGCCGGGAAGGCCCAAGCGCGGCGAAGCUACCAGGGUCAACGACCGCUUUCACGUGGACGACGAGGAUUUUGCGGCCAAGCUGUGGAGUCAGACUGCGUUGCAAGCGCUUAUCACGAAUCCCGUAAUCAAUGGCGUUCAACUUGGAGACGCCGACAAGAGAAAUCUCUGGGGCGGCGACGUACUUGGCCUCAACAGCAACAUACGCAUAUACAGGUACAGCAAGGGCCAAUUUUUCGAUCAGCACUAUGAUGACUCCAACAACGUCUCCUUCCCAUCGUCGUCUUCGCCUAAUGCACAGCCUGCGAAGACGACAUGGACGCUCCUGCUUUACCUUUCGUCUCCCGCGACUGGCUGCCAGGGAGGCGCGACGAUUUUUCACCCCGAGCCGAGUAGUAAGCGACAAGCCGCGCCAGACCCGAUCGUUGCCGAGCUGGAAGUCGGGCUAGCGCUGCUACAUAGACAUGGGAAGGAGUGCUUACUUCACGAGGGCCAGGAGGUCACAGAUGGUGAAAAGUGGGUCAUCAGGACAGAUUUGUGCGUGAAGCGCUAG